ACAAUAAUUGGGUCUGAGCUCUUGUUUCAGCCGAGACUGUUUGACAGACGGACCCCAAUUCACGCUUGCUUGUUGAGGGUCAAAUGUGUGAGGAUGUGCUGGUAAUUUCGUCAACAUGUCAAGUUUCUCUAGAUCCGCCCAGGUAAAUAAAUGCAUUAUAAAUCAAGUAUUUUUGUUUCAAUCAAACAGGCUGGCUGGUAAACGAGAUUUUAUUGAAGUGCAGCGGCUCUCUGUCACAAAAUAGCGCACGCUAGCGUUGCUCCAAAGCUAGCCACUCUGUGUUUGACAUGAUUUAGGUUCUAUUUUACGUAUUAAAAUGGUUAACUGGUUAAAUGACUGCUAGGCCACCUUUUGUCGUUUCAUGGAUUCUUUUGUUAAAAGUAUAAUUCGCCUGAAAUUGUGUGUAGUAUCGCUUUAUAUCGUUACAUCUCACCGGACUGUUCACUGAGAUCAGAAUAAUCGGAUCAUCUCUGCUGUUUGUUUAAGCAGCUCAGAGGACAUUUCAUAUGACCACUUCACCUUUUUCUUAUUCUUAUUCUUGACUGUUCAGAUUAUAGUGGAUUGAGCUGUACUGGAGUGCAUCACAGUGAAAGGUGUUCCUAAUAUUAUGCUCCUCUCAUGCUUGUUAAUGAUAUGGUCUAAAUAUUAGGAACAAUUUUCAGUAUAACUCUCCACUCGUCCACUUACAGCUUAUAUGUCUUCAGUGAUAAAUAAAGAUACCAUGAUUUCAUGUCUGGUCACUCCAACAAAAACUGAAAAUGUAGAAGCUUCUUGAAAGUAGAGUUUAUGAUAGGGCUGUUGUAUUGGACUGGUUUACCCAGGUGUUCAUAAUGUUAUGGUUGAUCUGUGUAUUUUAAAGUGUAGUUAAGCAUGAAUGCUCUUGUGCUUGUUGGCUGAAUUUAGCCAAUUUGUUUACUUUUUUCACUGUCUUGUAGACGUGGAAAGAUCUGUUGAUAAAGUAGUCAUCCUCUUUCAAAAGGGGGGUGUAUUCUUUUUUAGAAUAAAUAUCCGUCUUACUGGUUACUCACUUUUUCAGCAGUCUACACUUUACUUUCCUUUUUAGGAUAAUAACACCCUUAUGAAAAUGCAACACAUCCCAAAACUCACUGACUUGUGUCACAACAAGAACAACAACAACAAUAAUAAUAAUAAAAAUAAUAAAGGUAUUAUUCAACUUUUGCAUUGCUAAACUAGCCAUGAUUGCUGCUGUGCUGUCAAAAGCAGAAUGAAUCAAACUGAAUCUCAAUAUUGCACUUUAUUCUCAAGUUACUCCUCUAUACAUUGUUUCAACUUUAGUAAGUAAUAAAAGCAAUCAGAUAAACCUACACUCUCUUGUUAUUGGGCUUGUAAGAAAAUCUGAGAACAACAGCCUGGAAUUUAAAAAGCAACAUCAUUUUCAUAACUAAUUGUUACACUGAAGACACAUAACCCAUAGGAAACAGUGUAAAACUGAAUUGAGAUUGGAAACAAAGUCAUGACAGAAUAAUAAAAAAAAAGAAAACUUAUUUUUUGACUAUUGUAACCUUGGUGAUAACCCAUAUAGAUCAACUUUGGUUAGUUGCCGUACCAUGUAUGAAAAAGAAAUUAGUAUAAUAAUGGUUAAGACACGAGGAACAAUUACCUGGGGUGGUAUUUUACCCAAACAAAAUGUAAAAUAGAUCAGUACUUAUUUAGUGUGAUCUGUUUUUGACUGGAUUAAAAAAAAGAAAUAAGAAAUCACAAGUCUGAGACCAAAUCACUUCCCAACCCUGGUGUAAUUACACAUUUUUGAACCCUAAAACUACGGCUGCUGAUCAGGAGUGAUUUUGUUAUUUCAUGGUCUUCUAGUGACAUUUCACAAUGUCUCUUUUGUUUUCCAAAGUACCAGAACAGUGAUGGCUUCAUUUAAGUCAGUUUAUUUAAAACUUUGUGUACUCUUGAUCCUUAAUUUCAGCAAUGGGCGACCUUCGCUCGAUCCUGGUUCCUGAUUGACGCUCGGAUGCAGCCUCCAGGGAGGAUUGCGACUAUGUGUGCUGUCAGACUACAGGGGAAACACAAGCCUAUCUACCACGCACUGAGUGAGUUAAUGCCUAACCCGACACAGAAAACACAGAAAUAGUCAGAAACAAUGUUAACAUUCAUCUUUGUAGUAGCAUAGAACAACCACACGAUGGCACAAGAGGAUAAAAUGAAUAUAUCUGCUUUCCCCUUGGUCGUAUGUUAUAUAGAGAUGCUCUCACAUCACUCUGGUUCAAAGUUUAGUUCAUAGCUCUUGUUAUCAUUGUUGUACCAUAUGUGUGUGUGAUUGUUCUUUCUACUUAAAUAAAGGUUUUAUUAUUAAAUGAACUCAGCUGUAAGUCUGCUGACAAACCUCUCGAACUUUUGCAGGUGACAUUGGUGACCAUGUUGUAGUAAUAAACACCCGACACAUAGCGUUCUCUGGAAAUAAAUGGGAGCAGAAGGUUUACUCAUCACACUCGGGGUAAGUCCAGAUAGUUUCAAAGGAUGCUUUCAUUUCCUCAGCUUUUUCUGUUCUACUUUGUUCUUCAGGGCCUUAAAACCAACUUAGUUUUAUAUCUUUUGUCACUUUUUGACUUAAAGAGAUGUAUUGACCUCUUUGUGUGUUUUAGUGGGCCACUGCUAUUAUACAGUUUGAAUAACACAAGGCCCUUAAGUUAGCUUGUCUGUUUUUUCAAAGGUUUCCUGGUGGAUUCAAACAAGUCACAGCCGCCCAGCUGCACCAAAAAGACCCAAAAGCUGUAAGUGUUGCCCCUCUUUAUACAUGUUUCACAUUUUUAUUAAUAAGGUGUAUUAAAAUUUCAGAUAUGCCACCACCACAUAAUUCACAUUGUGGGAUUUUUACGACACUUCCUCUACAAUUUAACCCACAUUUGUGGAGAUUAGCCUAAUUCCUGUGUCAGGUGUUGUGACAUUUAUCCCUUCUUUCACAUGUGCUGCUCCUGCAUAUUAAUGUGAAGAGCAGGGUGCAGGGAUUAACCAGCAGUGGAUUUGUGCCGGGGUGAAGCUCAGUUUAAGGAUAAUUCCUGUCAUUGUGUUCAUGUUUCAUAUUCAUGGGCUCAGGGACUCUUCAUAAUGUUAAACACUGGGCUGUGGAGGUAAUGUUCAGAACUGCACCUGACCUACAUUCCAAACUUUAAAAGACAUUUGCACCAAACAUCUGUUUCACGAAGUAGGCAGUGUGAAAUGUGCUUUUGAAGACUAGACUUAGCAUGUCAAAAUACGUCUUUGUCGACUAGUUUAAAUUACAAAAAUAAAUUCAAGCUGGACAGUUUGAAUGCACUUAAAAAUCUAGACAACAACAUAUCUGCCCAAUUCUUCGAAUAGGUAAACAAUGUCUACUGUGGUUACAUUCAGUUUUAUUUCUGAUGCCUCACAGUGGACUUGAGCAUGUGCUGCUUUUUUACUUGUUCUGAUAAAAGCAAAGUUUCAGAGUUUGUUUUUUAUUCCACUUUUUUUAAUCCCAGCUAAUGAUACAGUGUUAUGGCAGAAGUAUGUUCAGCAAGCAGAGUCUUCGGUUGUUCAGAAUAACCACAGUAAAGCUCUUCAGUGUACAAACUUCCUGACAUUUUCUUGUCAGGUACAAUAAAAGUAGGUGGAUUAACAGAACAGGUUUUCUCUCUGUAGUUUACAAAUCCCAGAAAAACAUGCACUCUGCUGUUGGCUCUUUGUCAACGCAGGCUUUAAUCCAGCCCCGACUACAGACGUGUGUCCUGAUGGUGGUUUAGAAAAAUGAGGUCUGAGGGUUGGCGAGCGACAAGGGACAAAUGGAAUUGAACAGAUGACUGAUUUGUCAGCACUGCCUCUGUCCAACAUUACUGUCCAACAUUUCCGUCCAAUAUCUCGGUCCAGUAAAGCUCUCCAAGUCUUAAUUCACUUUAGUGUAACAAGCUUCAUGUCGAGAAACAUGAUUUUUGGGGAGUGUAGCGAAAUCCGAAAAAGUCUACAAGAUGCUAUAUAAGCACUUUUUCAUUUACAAGCUACAGCAAGCAGAUUGUAUGUCAACCUUUCUCCAUGUGUUUGUUCUCACCAGAUUGUGAAGUUAGCUGUUUAUGGCAUGCUGCCCCGGAAUCUGCUACGGCGUACCAUGAUGCAGCGAUUACACAUCUUUCCUGACGAUGUAAGUCCGGUUUCUUGUCCAGCUUUACACAUUAGUAUGUUCAUAGAUAAAGAAAUCAUGCUGAGGAAGAGACUGGGAAAGAGGGCAUACUAAAGCGAAGGAUUAAGUAAUAAGAUUUCACAUGAAAGUAAAGAAGGAGUUAAUGUGAUUGUCAUAUUAUUAAGGCCAUUUUUAUAUUAGAGAAUGAUCACUCCGCAAGUUUCCUGAGAUAGUUUGUGUUAUAUUUAAAGAGCCUAUACUUGAACUGUUUAGUAUCUUUCAGUUUCAGUAAGGAGUCCUGCCCAAAUAUUAUUUGGAUGUAAUUUGAUCCAUGAAAGAGAUCAUUGAUUCCAAGAGAGUGAGACACAGGCAGAAUACCAGGUCUCUGUGUUUGUGCUUGUUAUAAACGGGGCGCUGGGUUUCAGUAUUGAGAAGAAGGGAAAGGCCGUUAACUCUGCUUUCAUUUUGGAUCUGACAUGAUACCCACCUUCAGAGUUGAUGCUGCACAGCGUUCAUCCCUCAUUAAAAGCAGAUAUGCUCCACAGUCCUUGUAAAUGUCUGCAGCCCUCGCUGCAUUACAAAACAGUGUUUUUGAAGCCUUGCUGUUUUUUCAUCAUCAUUUUAAUCUUUUGGUCUCAACUUUAUUCCCCCAGCUCAAAUGAAUCUGGAGGCACACACCGUUGUGUAGUGAAUAUUAAUAAGAACGACUGUCAACACCAGAGUUACGGACCCCAAACACCCCUCAAUCUCCGAAGAGACAAUCUGAGCUGCUUUUUUUUCUGGCCUUCUUUUAAUAUCGCUCCCUUGCAGUUUAUUUUCUCAUAUUUGUGUCUUCCCUUCGCCUUGGAUUUGUUCUGCUUCCUUUUUUGAAAAUAUUCUGUCCACACCUAAACAGGAGCUGCCAGACGACAUUCGUGCCAACCUGACAGAGGAGCUGCCUCAGCCCAGAGAAAUCCCCAGGAAGCUGAGCGAGUACACGCAGGAGGAGAUUGACGCCUUCCCCAGACUGUGGACGCCGUAUGUACAAACACAUGCAGUCUGCUCUCAAGUACACACACCACCAUCCAUACUCACAGUGCUCAUAUAGGAGUCUCUAAAUUUAAAGGCUGACAAAAGGCGAGUUUUAAUUAUUUAUAACACUCAUAGAUGGGCCUCUGCUAAAAACGAAUGAAGCUGUCUAUCGUGUCAACAGUAAAACCUCACUUUCUGGCUUUAAUGCCGGAUUAAAUCAACACCAUCAUCAUUAGAAAAUUGAAUGGAUGAGAGUGUAUUUAAGAGAGUUGUAACAGCUCAGCACUGUGUGAACAGAUAGACCCUUAUAUGAUCAUUGUACCCCGUCUGGGAGGAAUCUAUCCCACCUAGUGUUGCACAUAAAUACCACCACCCCUGACCACUGCUGUCAAAGCACUUUUGAAGUCGUGUUUCUGUUGGCGUCGCUCAGGCACCUCAAAAUGACUAAAUGAACGUAGCGAAAAUAUACAUAAACUCAGACACCACUCAGCACUUUUUUUUCUUCACUCCAUUGAACUAAAUGGAAAAUCACAUAUUUGAAUGUUUAUGGUAAUGUUCAGCUCAACUUCUCCUUUUAAAUUGAUUUUUUAAUAACCUAGCAAACUUGCUAAAAAGUUUCCUCUUAGAAAUUAUCAGCUCAGGUUUUUUUUUUUAACCUUUUAGAGUCUUUGCGCCACACCCAGUCAUAUUCAUUCCACUUGUACUGAUGAACAACAGCCAGAAGGGGGCGAUAGUGGUUUGCGUACUGUCUCAUUUUUUUCUAUUCCUCUCAUUCUGGUUCUGGUAAGGACUUAGAAGACAUCCUUUGUUUGUUGUAAUAUUGUGUUAAUAUGUGUUAAAACACUCAUAAAAAGGACAGUGAAUGUAUCUUAUAUAUGAAGAGAUUCAAGAGCCGCACAGGCUUGAAGUUUGCGGCAGAUGGUGGGAGAAGAAAACGGUGCUGGAGUUGACUGUAGAGGAGAAGCACAGUGGGUGUUGUGUCACUGACUGUUGACCAGCAGAGUGCAGUCAUAUGUUAAUGAGGACGUGGGAUUAAACGCUCGCAUAUUGCUGCUCCUCUCUUACUCUCCGCCUCCUCUACUCCUCUCAGUGGGCAGUGUGCUGAUUUGCAACAGCUCUAUGUUAUUUCAUGUUCAUAUUUCAUGUGCAACAUUUCAUGCCUGAAUGGAUCCAGACUAGUUUUUUUUCCUUUUCCGACCAAUUUGACUUAUUACUUCUCCAUCACAUGUAGAGCCGAAUUAAACGCAACAUGUGUCAUCUAAACUACAAACACACAUGAGCGAACGGUUAAAUGAUAGUUUGAGUUUCCGUGAAAAGCUCCUGGAGGUGGUGGCUCAGUAUAAUAUUCCCAGUAUAGCCAUGAAGUGACUGAGUGGAUGUGGCAGGUGUGUUUUGAUUGGUCAGAUAGAUUGGAGUCACGCUUUAUAAGCACAGUUCAUUCAUUCAUUACUUGAAUAUUGUGCUCCAAGAAAACAACAUCCUACGGACACAACAGUAUAGCCGGCUAUAUCCAGUUCAUACUGUGUAGUUGUGUGUCAGCACUUGCAUUGUGUUGCAAAGGAGCAAAACUGUGCAUAUAAAUAUUGAAAUGUCUCGCACUUGUGUAUAGAGGGUCAGUUGUUUUCCGACGCUCCUCGACUGUUUGGGACAUUCAAGGUUUCUCUGCGGGGUGCAACAGAGCAUCUGCUAUUUGGCAUAAUCAUAUUCAUGGGUUUUUGAGUAAAGUAUUUUUCGGCUGGAGAUUAGACUGACAUCGUGACCUGCUGUUUGCUGUCAUGAUGGCGUUGUCCUGUUGCAUUUCCCUGGUCUCACCUGCAGUAAACAACAUCCCGACGGGUUAAGUGAGAGCACACUGAGUCCCACCUGCUCAGCACCACCCUCAGUGUCCAUCAAUCUAUCUAGCCGUGUGUCUGCUAGCUGUUUAUCCAGGUUAGGGUUGCUCACAUUUAUCCGCAGGAGCAGUAGCCAAGCCAACCGGACAUCUUUAUUUUGACUUUUGGUGAUCUCACAUGGUACCAGGAGGAUCAUCAUUCCUGCAAUCAGUUUACUCCCCUUUAGGAUGUGACCGAUAUGGCUCUCCAUUAAACCACAAGACUAAGAUGCUUUGUUUUGUAAGUAAAACAAAAAAAAGUUGAUGUUCUUAAGCCAGAAGACUUCUCUAACCCAGUGAUCAUUGUGCAUUGUGCACUCUAAGCUGUAUAACUCACACUUCAAAAUAUUGGAGUACUCAGUCCAACCAUGAAUUAAACACUGCAGUUCCUACAAUAUUGAAGUGGCAAGUCACCUAUAUAGAACAAAACAACACUUUUUUUGUGCCAAUUAGAGGCAUCGAACCAUGCAGGUAGUGUUAGUUUAGGCUUUGCGAUAACUUGAAACAUCCUCGUCAACACGGAGGUCUAAAUCCACCGAUUUAAAAGUAUUUUCUGUUCAACUACCCAGAAAAUGUCCAAACCCGGCUGUAGACUGUUCUGACUGGAACCAAACUCUGCUAAGGAAACAAGCGACAUGAAAAAACAAAAACACAGCUUUUGAAGUUUUUUUGAUACAAUUUUGAAAAGCUGUUUAGCACCAGAAAAAUAUCAAUUUACUUUUCACUUAAGACGGCGAAACAAAUCAAAGUCUGCAAAAAGCCUGGACAGAAACAAGAAAAUCUCCACAACCAGUUUUCACAUGAUGCAAAUGAGUGACUGCUCAGAAACAGUGAUCUACUACCUCCAUGAAACAGUUUCAGCGACACUGAUGUGGUAAAUAUUUACUCUGGUCAUUUAAAAGCAGUUCAAACACUCACUCCGCAUAAUUAAUGUGAAAAUCAAAGAGCCUGUGACACUGAAUUUAGACUCAGGGCCGCGAGCCAACAGGUUUUUUAUUCACUCUGUCAGCGUGUCUGCGGGUGCGGACCUUGUUCAGGCAUGUGUAGAGUGUCUGUGUUACAUUCAGCAUUGCUGUCAGAGUGUUUGUGCGCUCGGUGAUGAAUGAGCCACUUCUUAUUGUUUACUGGUCCAAUAUCCACAGCCAAUCAGUGCGUGUGCUCAGGCCUGUCGCUGUGCGGUCGUCAAGGUCAAAAUAAUCCCGGUCUACUUAAGAGAUGGGCCCCAGACUAGUUAAUAUUCACCCUGGCUCUCACUGAUUUUACCGACCAAAUAUAUAUUAAUACAUAUAUAUGUGUGUGUGUGUGAGACUGGCUGAGGCUGUCCUGGGCGACUCAAUCGUUGCCCUUUAUUAAACAUAUAGUUAAUACUCUCUGAAAACCAUGGAGCAGAGGCAAAAGAUUAUUGGAUAUGUGCUCCGCCUCCUUCCUUCUCACUCACACACACACACACACACACGCACACACUGCUCAGGGUGCUCAAACAGAAAAUCAACAACCUAAACAUACUGCUGUAGUUGAUAGCAGAGCUAUUACAAUUGAUAACAUUUUUGUAUUUCAUAUCAGAGCCAAUACAGAGCCCAUGAUAAAAUCAGUCUGCUGCAAUCUCUGCCUCAAAUUAAAGUGGAAGAAAAAAACACACACACACACAGAAAGAGGAUGCUGUGUCUGGUCUCAGUUUGUAAAGAAACAGGGGAAACAGAUAAGAUCUUUCUGGUUGCUCAUCUGUCACUUUCUCUCCAUGUUUUUCCCCCUCCUAAUCGUUUCUUUUCCAGACUCUUCUGCUUCCUCAUACUAAUGUGUUGUCUUGUGCUCGUUCCACAGGCCCGAAGACUUCAGGAUGAAAUGAAAUCCAGCCAGCUCAACGCAACCGAAGCUCAAAAGGUUUUUUUCUGUUGGCGCCAGGUAUGCAGCCAAAGCCACAUAGUCCUGUUGAAGUGCUGCUUUACAAAAUAAAGAGAAAAUCAGAGACCUUCAGAAGGAUUUACAGAGAAUCUGGUUUUCUUUUUUGGGGGAAAAUUUUAGAUCAAUCAGAUUUUACCAAAACAUUACAAAGUUAAAACCAAGCAACAAAAACACUGAACUCACCAUUAGAAAACGUGCUCUCCUGCCUGCCAUGUUACCUCUGGAAGGAGACUUGAAUUGUUAAGUUGCAGUUUAGGAAAUCUGUCUUUUUUUUCUGGAGUGCACAAUUUAAAAAAUCAGGAUCUGUGAAAACUGAUUUCUGUAAAGUGUAAAAUACGUGAAUACUUCAGCUGUUCUGCUGAGAAUGGUCAGAUUGAAGUCUGCAAUAAAAGUGAAACAAAUGAGCUACAA